AUCCUUUCUCGGUUCGCACUUGUCACCGCCACCGCUACCACAUGUACCGCCUAGCUCCAGUUUGUGGUGGGAACGUCGAAGUGGUGCUCCCUACUUGUAUGUAUAAACUUCCUAGCGUUUAUGGGGACAGGAGCGUAGGCAAGGCUGCUGUACAGGAGAUAACAAAUGGAGAAAUGGGACCUCCGAUAGUCUGUCAGCUUGAGGAACGUCAAGACAGUCUGCUGAGCAGAUUAGAAUCUCUCAAAGGUGUACUGAACAAAAUGAAAGUCGACUUGGGGAUCAAGUCGUCGGAGCCGGAACAUCAGGCACGUCCUAAAGACACUGUGCAGGCGAAGGAAACUGUGGCACUGGAGAAGGACCAGUCGGGCGGUCACAUACAAGACGUAGUCAUCGGUGCCAGCCCCCAUCACCCACCGUACAGCGUCUGGCCCCUCAAACACCUGCUGAGCAGACAGUGUUCCGUCAUGCUCACGUGUCACACGCACUCCUCCGUGAGCAGGCAGCUACCAGAAAAAAUCCAAAAACUAACAAAUCAAGUGGCUGCCGCAACUACAGCUGUCACGGACCGCUCGUGCCACCGGCUGGUUCUGACACUCAUGUGGAAAGAAAUGGAGAAAGACUGCGAAGUGAAAAUCAACCCCCUGGCACACGUACCAAUCGUCGGAGAAGUUAAUUUAAUUAGGUAUCUCGGAAGGCUCCUGACGCCGCCGUACGACGAGGGGGACCCACUGGUCGCCACGGAAACGGACGUCUGGCUAGAACGGGUCCACCAGCGUCUCCUCCACGGCACCCAGAAAGAGCAGAAGGCCCUUCUCCAGGAAGUGGACGAUCAUCUGGGGUCUGCAGGACCUUACCUGCUCCAGGGAGACUCCUACAGUUUGGCAGACAUUGCGUUCUGGAGCGCCCUCUUGCAGUUGGGGUUGGAAAAGAAAAGUCCGAAAAAUGUCGCACAGUGGCUGUCAAAGCUCGAGGAAGAUCCCGCAUUUUGUCUUUCGGCACAACAACAAUGACAAUAGUAGCGCAGAACGUAUACAUAAAUAAAACGUGUUUAUUGCACAGUU